AUGGACGAACACGGUUUACACAACCUGGUCGCGUCUUAUUUGGCCUAUCUCAACGAAGCCGCGCAAUACGGAUAUCCUGCUCAGGGAACUCUGUCGAGCCAGCAUUCAGCUUCUAUCUUCAAUGCCGACAGCCCAGAUCUGUUUCUCUUUGAAAACGAUCCUAUUCUCGGCGCGGCGUUUCCCGCUUGUAAUUCGUCUCACUCGACGGCGCCUAUCGGGGGUGUUGAACACUUCUCGGGACCUUUGGGUGAGGGUCAGGUACAAUUAGCCUUUCCCAACCAGCCACUUACGCGUGCGCUUUAUUCAUUGGGCCUCUACCUGCCAGCACCACUUGCCCUCUUUCAAGAACAUUUGAGGACGACAGGUCCCAGCACAGACUCUAUCAUGCACUCGGUAUCUUCACCACUCGGGAUGCCGUCUCCUGGUUCAUCCAAUAAUGGAGCACCCAGCCCUGUCUCCACCGUCCACGAGCCUACGGCCAUUGAACAGCUGAACCAGCUUCGCGCAGCAAAUCUUUUGCGGGAGCAGCGGGAAAUUUAUGAUGACAUCACGUGUAUCGUCCCGGCGAUCAAGCAAAACUUCUUGGACAUACUCGAGGGAUUACUGCACAACGAGCCAACCAAUCAUCAGUUGUCUGGGUUGUUCUUUGUCACGGAACUCCCAAAGACGGAACAGGGUCACGGUCGUCGCGUCAGUCCUAUGGACUAUCGCUGUCUCCUCUGCACGGACUUUUGCGACACCAGAAAAGACAAGGCGAUCAAACAUGCACAGCAUCAUCUUAGGUUGAAGCCUCUUCCCUGCGGGAAAUGCCCACAAACAUUCCGCCGAAAUUGGGACCUCAUCCGACAUCAGAGGAUCGUUCACUCGAUGUUUCACCCCAAAGGUAAAGGCGGACCACGCCAAAAGCAGGACAGAUUCACGCCGACGAUUCAAAUGUCCCAUUUCGACCUGUACGAUCUCCCAAAUCUCAGCACGAGGCUGCCACCGUUUCCUCGCCCAACCGCCCUUGCAGCUCCACCAAUGGUUGGCAAUACCGACGCCUCCCAGGGAUCAGAGGUAGGCCUGCGUGAGCAUUUGUCGAGUCCACCGAUCACUGUCUGGUUCUCUAUGUUCAAGGUCUAG